AUGAGUCCUCUGCUGUACUAUGCCUUGCCAGCCGUAGGAUGCUACGUCACGCUCUCCAUCUUCUUCCUGCGUUGGCCACGCCUGCUGCACACACCCCGUGUUAGGGCCUUCUGCCCUCGCUUGGGGGCCCAUCGAGGAGGAUCUGGAGAGAGGCUGGAGAACACUCUGGAAGCCAUGGAGAAUGCCAUGGCCCAGAGAGCUGAACUUCUGGAGCUUGACUGUGAGCUGACAAGGGACGGUGUGGUGGUCGUGUCCCACGAUGAGAACCUGUUACGCCAGUCAGGCCUGAAUCGCAAUGUGGGCAGCCUGGACUUUAAGGACCUGCCUCUCUACAAGGAGAAGCUGGAGGUUUACUUCUCACCAGGCCAUUUUGCUCAUGGGUCAGACAGGCACAUGGUGCGCCUAGAGGACCUGUUCCGGAGGUUCCCGAGGACACCCAUGAGCGUGGAGGUGAAAAGGGAGAAUGAAGAGCUCAUUCACAAGAUAGCAGGCCUGGUCAGGCGCUUCAACCGAAAUGAAAUCACCAUCUGGGCUUCAGAGAAGAACUCAGUCAUGAAGAAGUGCAAGGCAGCUAACCCUGAGAUGCCCUUCUCCUUCACAAAAUGUCGAGGACUCUGGUUGUUGCUGCUCUAUUACCUGGGGCUCCUGCCCUUCACCCCAAUCCCUGAGAGGUUCCUCCUGUCGUUCCUGCCCACCAUCAUCAACAGGACCUACUUCCCAUUUUCCUACUCCUGGAUGAACCAGUUGGCGGCUGUGGUUUCAAAAUGGUUCAUCAUGAGAAAAAGUCUGAUCCGACACUUAGAGGAGCGAGGGAUACAGGUAAUAUUUUGGUGCCUUAAUGAAGAGUCAGAUUUUGAAGUAGCCUUCAGUCUGGGGGCCACGGGUGUCAUGACUGAUUACCCCACCGCCCUGCGGAGAUAUCUGGACAACCAUGGCUCAGCUACUCGGACCUCUGAAGCUUCUGCCAGGCCACCCCGGCGGACCAGGCCCCCAGCGCGCCCAGGCGAGGUGAGGCCCUGUGCCCACGCCCAGCCAACGAGGACUGCCCCUUCCCCCGAUGCCCGCUCCCUACCCCCCUCCCAUGCCCCAGGUGAGCUCCGGGGUCUCAGGUGA